AUGAUCACGACGAGUAAUUUCUUGGUUGUCGCGGCUGCGACGGUGGUGGUGUGGCUUGCAUUGCGCUCACGCCGAGAACGCACUGGAAAGCGUGGUGGACUACCGCCAGGACCCCCAACGUUCCCGAUUUUAGGCAACUUGCUACAGAUACCGCGCUCGCGGGCCCAUCUACGAUUCGCACAGUGGGCGAAGGAGUGCGGAUCGGAUGUUAUCACAGUCAAGUUUGGCCCUCAGGUUGCUAUUGUGCUCUCGAGCGCUCGCGCCAUCAAGGAGGUGCUGGACAAGCAAAGCAGCAGCACGUCAGAUCGCCCUUCCGUCUUCAUCAACACAGUCGUCACUCACGAUAACGAUGUUGUGUUUGCGCGGUACAUUCGUCCCUAUCCAAGAAGCGAAUCUGCGCAGCUGUUGUAUGAGUUCGCGACGGCACCGAAGGCUUUUUACCACCACAUCGAGCGCUAUGCGGCGUCCACCGUUCUAUCGAUCGCUUAUGGGAAGCGAAGCGUGCGAUAUAACUCCGCCCUGCUAGGAGAGUUCAAUAGGGACUUGCAUAGAUGGAUGGCCCUGAUGGAUCCUGGGAAUCAUCCGCCCAUCGACAUGCUGCCAUUUUUACAAAAGCUACCCGAGUUCAUGGCGUCCUGGAAGACAGAGGCGCGCGAGGUGCGAGAGCUACAGCGAGGUCUCUUCAUGCGGCUUCUCGAGGAGUGCGAGGAGCGCGUUGCCAAAGGAGAGGAGACACCCUUCUAUAUGGCUGACAUCCUUAAGUGUAAGGAAAGCCUCGGUCUGGACAGGGAACAAAUUGCCUACCUUGGUGGCGAUCUCUUCGCCGCUGGAACCGACACGACGGCGACGACUCUGCAUGUGUUUGUCUGGUUAAUGGUGAAAUACCCGGAGGUGCAAAAGAAGGCGCAAGAGGAGAUUGAUCGCGUUGUCGGGCGUCUGCCAGUACAGGAAGAUGCGAAGGACUUGCCUUACCUGCAAGCCGUGAUCAAGGAGCUGCACCGCCUGUGUGUGAUCCUGCCGAUGGCUGUACCGCAUGCGGCGUCGGAAAACGUCGAGGUGAGCUGUCUCUCGACGACGGUCGUCAUGAUGGGAGCUGACCAAGUCCAGUACAAUGGCUACAUCAUCCCGAAGGGCGCCUUAUUACUGCAAAAUACAUAUGCAGCAUAUCGCGACGAGGAUGCCUUCGAUGAGCCGAAUACCUUUAGGCCUGAGCGCUUUCUCUUGACGCCGCAUGGAACAAAGCCGGGGUUGGAGGGCCAGAUGAUUGCUGCGAUGCGCCUCUUGUGGACCUUUUCGUUCGACCUAGCGAAAGAUGAGUCGGGUACGACGAUUCCUCUGGACACGUCGCGAUGGAAGACGGCAUUUGUCGAAGGUCCCCUUGCCUACGAGUGCUCUAUCGUCCCGCGAUAUGCAGAAAGGAUCGAAGACAUCGAGAGAGCGUUCAAGGUCGAUGCGGCACCGACGCUAAAGGCGUUUGAAUACCGAUUGGACGAAAGUGACGAAGACUGGUUGAGGCAGUGGGCCAAGAAGUAUAGCUCGGAUAUCAUCACAGUCAUGAUGGGGCCACAGCACCUAUUCGUACUAUCCAGUGCAGAAGCAGUCAAGGAAAUCCUAGACCGCCAGAGUGGGCUCACCGCGGACCGCCCACUUCUCUACGUCAACGAGUACAUCGCGGGCGACAACGGUAUCGUCUUUGCUCAUUAUACUGAUAAGUGGCGUCGCGUCAGGAAGGCGGAGCACCUGCUCUUGUCAAUCAGCACCGUACGGAAGUACAUUCCCAUUCAAGAAGCGGAGUCGACCCAGUUGCUAUACAAUAUCGCGACGACUCCCAAGGACUUCUACCACCACCUCGAGCGCUACGCGGGGUCCUCCGUUCUGUCCAUCACAUACGGGCGAAGAAGCGUUCGGCACAACUCGUCAGUCACGCAGGCUCUUCUGUCCAACAUACAAAGGUUUGACGCACUUGUGGGACCUGUUCUCAACCUUUUCUUGGACGCAUUCCCCAGCUCGCGCGACCUACCGGAGUGUAUCAGCCCUUGGAAGCGGGAAGCCCGCGAGGUGCGGCGGCAGCGGCGCGAGCUCUACAAGAAGCUUCUUGACGAGUGCGAGGAGCGUAUGGCGGCGGAGGAGGACGCGACUUUCUACAUGGCGGACGUACUUAAGAGCAAGGACGCCUUGGGCCUUGAGAGGGAACAGCUUGCGUUCCUGGGCGGAGACCUUUUUGGGGCGGGUAUGGAUUCGACCUCCACAAUCCUGCAAACGCUCGUCUGGAUCAUGGUCACGCGGCCGGAGAUCCAAGAGAAAGCCCAACAGGAAAUUGAUCGUGUCGUCAAUGACCUUCCGAGCUACGAAGAUGCAGAGACCUUGCCGUAUGUGCAGGCACUGAUUAAGGAGAUCCAUCGCCAUCAUGUACUGGCGCCGUUGAAUGUGCCCCACGCCACGACCGGCGAUGUCGAGUACAAAGGGUAUAUCCUGCCGAAGGGAUCUGUCAUCGUUGGGAACUUGUACGCGAUCUAUCACGAUGAAGAGAUCUUCGACGAGCCGCAUGUCUUCAAACCCGAGCGCUUCCUCUUGACGCCCUACGGGACAAAGCCUAGCGUGGACGAUAGUGCCUUCAGGUCGACUCUCAUGUUUGGGGCCGGACGGAGAAUCUGCCCCGGCAUGCAUCUUGCGUCUAACACGAUUAUGAUCGCAACGAUGCGUCUUCUAUGGGCCUUCUCUUUCGAGCCAGCGAAGGAUGCAUCCGGGGCAGAUGUCCCGCUUGACAGGUCGCAUUGGAAGACCACCUUCGUCGAAGGCCCGCUCCCCUUCGAGUGCUCCAUCCGCCCGCGCAGCGAAGAACGCGCGAAGGCCAUUGAGAAAGCUUUCAAGGUUGACGCUACACCGACUUUGCAGGCUUUCGAGUAUGGUCUGGACGCGCGGGACGAGGAAUGGUUGAAGCAGGCUCGGGGAGGCGACUGA